UCCUCCUAUUUAUGAAAACGUCACUUCAAGUCCCUCCCUGUUUGAAUCUCAUUAGUUUCUUGUGUGUUUCUCCCUGUCAAUAAUCCUGAAUCCAGACUCUCUCUAUUUCCAUCCCUCUCUAUCUGUCAAUCAGCGCCGCCUUUGAACUGAAAACCACUCCGACCAACUUCAACUCACUCAAUCCGAGCGGCUCGGCUCCUUCUCCGGCUUCCUUUUUCUGCCAAGAUUCCCUUCUUUUUUGAGUUUUCUACCAACCGGCCAGAGCUUUGGAAAACGCCAAUACAGACCCCAAACUUAAACUCGGACUUUCUAGAUCACCGAGAUCAAGGGUUUAAAAACUUCGUGUUUUUGCCCCCCUCUUAAAAAAAGAAAAUUUUUGCACGGGAAAAAUGCCGCAACUCAACGGCGGUGGAGGGGACGAUCUGGGUGCAAACGAUGAAAUGAUUUCCUUCAAAGACGAAGGAGAGCAGGAAGAGAAAAUUUCGGAGAACUCCUCGGCAGAAAGGGAUUUAGCCGAUGUCAAAUCUUCUCUCGUAAACGAGUCGGAAACGAAUCAAAACAGCUCGUCGGACUCAGAGGCGGAAAGACGGCCUCCGCCUAGAUCUGAAACUUUCAGAGACAAAACAAGAGAAAGUUUAGAGGAGGCUGCGAAAAGGCAAGAUGGAGGGCUGUUCAAGAGCCCACCGUACCCGGGCUAUCCAUUUAUAAUGAUCCCCGAUCUCACAAGCCCCUACCUUCCCAAUGGAUCACUUUCUCCAACAGCACGCACAUACCUACAGAUGAAAUGGCCCCUGCUAGAUGUUCAACCAGGAGGUCUUCAAAGUAGACAAGCACUUAAAGAUGCCAGGUCCCCAUCACCGGCACACAUCGUUGGGUCCUUCUGCUGGGAAUUCCCCGGACAGUCAGAUCUGAGCCUUCACCAAUUUCAUUUGUCUAAUAAGGUUCCAGUGGUACAGCACCCUCACCAUGUGCACCCUCUCACGCCUCUGAUCACCUACAGCAAUGAGCACUUCACACCGGGGAACCCCCCACCACACCUACAGACAGACGUGGAUCCCAAAACAGGAAUUCCAAGGCCUCCUCAUCCUCCAGAUAUAUCUCCUUAUUAUCCACUGUCACCUGGCACUGUCGGCCAGAUCCCCCAUCCGCUGGGAUGGUUAGUACCACAGCAAGGUCAACCUGUUUAUCCAAUCACAACAGGGGGUUUUAGACACCCCUACCCAACUGCGCUCACUGUCAACGCAUCCAUGUCAAGUCUUCUGUCCUCUAGGUUCCCCCCACACAUGGUGCCCCCCCACCACAGUUUGCACACCACGGGCAUCCCACACCCAGCCAUCGUCACACCCAACGUCAAGCAGGAAUCGUCCCACAGUGACAUCAGCUCCCUCAACAGCUCGAAACAGUCAGACGCUAAAAAGGAAGAGGAGAAGAAGAAACAGGUCCACAUAAAGAAGCCUCUGAACGCCUUCAUGCUCUACAUGAAGGAGAUGCGAGCCAAGGUGGUUGCUGAGUGCACACUGAAGGAAAGUGCUGCCAUCAACCAGAUUCUGGGGCGGAGGUGGCAUGCCCUAUCCCGGGAGGAGCAGGCCAAGUACUACGAGCUGGCCAGGAAAGAGCGACAGCUCCACAUGCAGCUGUACCCAGGCUGGUCAGCACGAGACAACUAUGCGGCUAACCAACAGGGGAAAAGGAAGAAGAGAAAAAGGGAAAAGCAGCAAGCAGAGAGCAAUGAACACAGAGAAUAUUUUCCAAACCCUUGCCUUUCACUCCCUCCGAUUACAGACCUGAGCGCUCCUAAGAAGUGUCGAGCGCGCUUUGGGCUCGACCAACAGAAUAACUGGUGUGGCCCGUGCAGGAGAAAAAAAAAGUGCAUUCGCUACAUCCAAGGUGAAGGCAGCUGUGCCAGUCCUCCCUCUACGGACGGAAGCUUACUAGACUCCCCCCCAUCCUCCCCCUCCUCAGUGGUCCCCUCCCCCUCUUCAAAAGAGUCCAAACCUCAGACUGAACAAAUGCAACCUCUCUCACUGACUAUGAAACCGGCCCACCAGCCACUCCACCACUCGCACCUCCUGGCUGGGCCUCCGCCAUCUUUGGUUCAGCUGGAAAACUCCUCCGCCGCCGCAGCAGCUAGCAAAACGCCUGGCGCCUCCUCCCACAACGGAGCCCUGGAGCACGGCGGCGACGUCUCGUCCUCGCGGCAGCCGGGCUCCUCUGUGGCGUCGUCGAUGGCCCGGCCUUCGGCAUCGCUGUGUCAUUCCCACUCGCUCCUCCCCUCCUCGGCCCCUCAGCCUCUGUCGCUAGUGACCAAGUCUAUAGAAUAGUCUGCCCUAUUCUUCUCCUCUUUUCUAGCUCUGCACACCUUUCUAGGCCCUCACUCUGCUAUAUUUCACUUACCGUCAGCUCUUUUUUCUCUUUCUGUUUCUGUGCCAUAAGGCUUUGAAAUUUUAGUUCUUGUUUUAUUAAAGUUCAUUGGUCAAUAUUUGACCCAUCAUUAUCAAAAAAUCUAAUUAUUAUAAAGAAAUGAUACAAUGAGCUGUAGUAUAGCUUUGUGAAUCUGCCAAAAUUUUUAUGAAUUUUGUUUUGUCUUUUGUAGUGUUCAACAGUGCAAACAGAAAAAAUUAUUUAGUUCAACUUCAAAAUGUUUAAAAGACGGAUAUAAAAAGGUAGGCUAGGUUAUUCAAUGAGCCCUUUUCUUGAAAGAGUUGGUUCUCCUUCUUUAUUUGUAUUAAAUACGAGCUCGCGAACCAAUCAUCUGACAUCUGUUCAAACUCUCGGAGGGCAUGAGGCUAGCGGUGACACCUCUCUGAGGAACAACUUUAAUUGUGAUGUUACUUGUUCUUGUUUAAAUGUACAGAAUAAUGGGGAGGGGGGGAUUACUGUGUUAAAUAUGCAUUCUUCCACUGCGUUGUCUUUUUUCUUUGUUGUUUACCUAUGGGGUGGAG